AUGAGUGACGAAGAACGGUAUAGCUUGAUGCAAGGAAUUGGCUGGAUUGGCUUACCAACUUGGUUGCCAUCACCUUUACCAGCAAUUCCCAAGAUUGGAUACUACAUGGGCAACACACCGCCGAUUCCUCGUCUGGGUGUGCCACCUCUGAAACUACACGAUGCGGGGAAUGGUUUCCGGAAUAUGCCGGAACCACUAGGGGCAUCUGGAUCCACUAUCAUGUGGCCCUGCUCAUUGGCAUUUGGAGCCACGUGGGACACGACUUUGGUGAAAGAGGUCGCAGGUGCAAUUGGCCGUGAAUACCGUGGAAAGGGUGCGAAUGUUAUUCUGGGCCCAAGUGUCCAGGUGCAAAGAGUGGCUCGGAAUGGUCGAAACUUCGAGUACAUGUCUGGAGAGGAUCCAUAUUUGGGAGCGAAGAUGUCAGAAGCCUAUGUGGUGGGUGUCCAGGGAGAGGGUGUGAUGGCUUGCUUAAAACAUUUUGGCUUCAACGAGCAAGAGACGAAUCGGAACUUUCAGAGCUCUGUGGUGGAUGAAAAAACAGCUUGGGAGCUCUACUAUCCUCCCUUCGAGGCUGGUGUGGCAGCGGGGGCUGCAUCAGUGAUGUGCUCCUACAACCGCGUCAAUGGAACUCAUUCCUGUGCUAACGAAGCGCUCUUACGGCGCGAUUUGAAACAAAAGAUGGGAUUUCGCGGCUUCGUCAUGACCGACUGGUGGGCACUUCACCAUCCAGCAGAUAGUUCAGUUGUUCGAGGCUUGGACAUGGAAAUGCCUGGAGCUGGUGGCGAGACAUAUUUAUACAAAGGCGAUCUACGCACAAUGGAGGAGAGCCAAGCUGGUAACUUUACAGGGUAUGGACUUGGGCUGGAGAAAAGCAAGCUCCAGCGAGAGAUCUACAACGAUCCAGCUUAUCGGAUUCUUUCAGCUGCCUACAAAUUGCAUUUGUUUGACUUGCCCAGCUGUACGCCAGGCCUAGAUUGCGUGGAGCCAAUUUUCUCAAAUCAGCGCAGUCUCGAAGCUGAGAAAUUGGCAAUGCGCUGUGCCUCCGAAUCUGUGGUAUUGCUGAAAAACGAGCCUAGGACCGGGGAGACAAAGGCGCUUCCUUUGCUUCCUUCAAAGGUGAAAAAGCUGGCACUGAUAGGAGAGGCAUGGGUGGCACCAAGUCGCAGCACCAAUGAGCUUGGAAUGAUGGGAGACUACUACAGCGGUGGUGGCUCUGGACACUGCUACAUCCCACCUGAGCUUUUCACCUUGCCCAUUGUGAGCAUGUAUGAACGUGCCAAUAGUCUUGGCAUUGACAUCUCGAGCGCACUGACCAACAACAUCACCGAUGCAAUGAAUGGGAUCAAAGAUGCUGAUGCCAUUGUUGUUCUAGCGGCAACGACGGCAGAGGAAAGUAGAGACCGUGCAUCUUUGCACUUGGACAAUGGAGCAGAUGAUCUCAUUUUUGAACUUGCCAAGCAGGAGAAGCCCGUGAUAGUGCUGACACAGGUUCCUGGCACAAUUUUGCUACCAUGGAAGGACAAUGUUGACGCUAUAGCACUUAUGUUUCUGGGUGGGGAGUUCACUGGCCAUGCCUGGGCUUCCAUCAUUUUUGGAGACGUAUCCCCAUCUGCCAAACUCCCUAUCAUGCUUCCAAAGAAUGAGAGCUACACUGUUCAGCCAUCAGAGGAGUUUGACAUUUUCUACAACGAAGGCUUGUAUACCUCCUACAGAUCAACAUCGGCCAGUGAAGCUGCAACUUACCCCUUCGGACAUGGUUUGUCGUACACAGAGUUUCAAUAUGCUACUCCAGCACUUCAGGAUCAAGACUGUGAAUCUCUUCUUUGUGUUCAAGUACUUGUGAAGAAUGUGGGAGGGAGAAGUGGAGCUGAAGUUGUCCAGGGAUAUUUGGAGUUUCCUCCAGAAGCCGAUGAGCCCAAGCUGAUUCUCCGCGGAUUUCAGAAGACCAGAGUUCUUGAGCCUGGGUCUUCAGAACAGAUCUCCUUCAAGUUUACAGAACGCGAUUUUUCUGUCUACUUGAAUGGAUGGAGGCUGCAAUCCAGGGCAACCCUCCACAUAGGUUCAUCCAGUGCUGAUCUCCGUCAAAGUAUAGAGCUAGUCCUUCCACAAUAG